GUAGCGGACGGUCGGGUUGCUACGAAUAAACAUAAAAGUUUAACAACUGCCGUGCCGUGUCUGUGUCGUGCUGUGUUUCUGUGCAUUUAAGUAAUCGUGUUUGUGUCCUGUGAGCAGAUAAUGGUUUAACUGCCGGCAAACUAAGGUCACAAUGAAAACUCGUGACGUUGUGCUGAUAUCGCUGCUGAGUGUGGGUGCUGCUGUUCUACUCUUCGCGGUUGCAGCAUACUUAUACAUUAACCGUCGUCGACGGAAGAGAGAGGAUGAUGAAGAUGGCACUAGCUGUGCAAUACGGGCUGAUUCAUCUGCUACAGAUAGCGGCAGAGACAAAAACAUAAGUCGCUUGAACGGAUUCCUUAACUUGAAGACACCGCUGAUUAGCACCAAAACAUUGGGAGCGCAGCUUGAAACCACAUCAACAAGCUCACCACAAGCCAAGUCGCCCGCGAGCAGCAGUGCUGGAGCUGCAGCUGGAGCUUCAACAGCCCAAGGGGAGAGGACACCGACAGCCCAUAACAAGCAACUACAGAAUGUCAAGGGACAAGACCACCCAACGCAUCCUUCCAUGGCGUUCCUUCAGAACCGGUCCAUCUCAUUGGUGGACAUGUACAUCGACAACUCGGAGCCGUCAGAGAACGUUGGCCAGAUCCAUUUCUCGCUGGAAUACGACUUCCAAAACACUACCUUGAUCCUUAGGAUUAUACAAGGCAAGGAACUCCCGGCUAAGGAUCUAAGCGGGACAUCCGAUCCUUACGUGAGGGUAACAUUGCUGCCGGAUAAGAAACACCGCUUGGAGACGAAGAUCAAACGUCGAACCUUGAACCCGAGAUGGAACGAAACCUUCUACUUCGAAGGGUUCCCGAUACAGAAGCUGCAGAGUCGGGUGCUACACCUUCACGUCUUCGACUACGAUCGUUUCUCGAGAGAUGAUUCCAUCGGCGAGGUGUUCCUUCCAUUAUGCCAGGUGGACUUAAGCGAGAAGCCAUCCUUUUGGAAGGCUCUAAAACCACCAGCUAAGGAUAAGUGUGGCGAGCUGCUGACGUCACUGUGCUAUCAUCCGAGUAACAGCGUACUAACACUGACACUACUCAAAGCUAGAAACUUAAAGGCUAAAGAUAUUAAUGGAAAAUCAGAUCCCUACGUUAAAGUUUGGCUGCAGUUCGGUGACAAACGUAUCGAAAAACGCAAGACAGCCGUCUUCAAAUGCACACUGAAUCCCGUCUUCAAUGACUCGUUCUCCUUCAACGUGCCCUGGGAGAAGAUCAGAGAGUGCUCCUUGGACGUCCAAGUAAUGGACUUCGACAAUAUUGGCCGGAACGAGCUCAUUGGCAGAAUACUCUUGGCUGGGAAAAACGGCUCUGGGGCCACAGAAACAAAACACUGGCAAGAUAUGAUCACCAAACCUCGACAGACCAUCGUACAAUGGCACCGCUUGAAACCUGAAUAAAUCGUUGACAUGGGGUCAUUUAAACCCCAUACAUUAAUGCGUGUUAGAAAGAAAUAACACUAUAGGUUAGACAGAGAUCGCUCUCUGAACUUUUCUUAGCGUUAUAUCUAUUUGACGAGCAAUAUUAAUCGUAUGGGGGUCAUCAUUUUUUAGACAAGACGUUUAUUAGUAAAAAAUAAUAAUAAUUAAUUAGAAUUAAUAUAAUAACAGUUAUUUUAUUGUUGAAUCGAAUAAAACAUUGAAUAUUUGUGCUACUAAAUAUUCGUUGAAAUUAACUUUUGAUAGACAACAUAUAAAACAUAAGUUUUGUCUUGUGAAUGAUAAUGCCCCUUAUCAAAUAAAUUCAAAACGUCAUAAGACUGAAUGGUUAAAUAAAAGAUUAAUAUUCGAAACUCUUCGUCGAUAUCAUGGCUUAAGAUAUUGCUGAAACGAACGUAACUUUAAUAUUAUUUCUAUGAAAUAUUUACAAAAAUUUU